AUGUACGCCAACUGGAGCGAGUCCGUCCUGCGCCACUCUGGUUUUGGGGAGGUGCGGGACGCCACCGGGGCGCUGCUCUUCAGGGGACCCAGGCUCAAGAUUGGCGUGUGCGAGGGCGUGCCGCGCUGCGUGAUGCCGGACCACGCGGGGCGCGCGGAUUACCACGGUGCCACGGUCAACCAGGCGGCGCGCUUCAUGGACGCGGCCGCACACGGCGGGAUGGUGGUCGCUGAUGUAGACCUCCUGCGCCGCGUCUUCGCCACCUGGCGCGGCGACGCGGAGUCCGAAACGGUCGACGUGCCCGCGCACAGCGACGUCGCCCGCGCGGCCGCGGAGGUCGCGCGGCGGCUGUCCCCAGACGGCGACGCCGACGAGGGCGGCGGCGGAGGAGGGGGAGGAGGCGGAAACAGCGCCAACGGCAGCGGCGGCGGCUUCCUGGCACACCACGAGGUGGAGGCGGUUGCAGAGGAGGACGAAGCCGAUUCGACGGCGGGGCCGGCGGAGGGCAGGGCCGCUGCUUUGCAGGCGCCAGCGGCGCCCGGGGCCCCCUCGUGGCCGGACGGCGCGCGCUCGGGCCGGCGCGCCUCGCGGCUUGGCGCGCCGUCGAGCCUGGUGUCCGGCGUCGCGCGCGCGAUCGGCAGCGGAAGCGUCAGCGGUGGCGGCGGCAGCGGCGGCGCGGGCCCCGCUCGGCGCACGUCGAGCACCGCCGCAAUGCUCGACCGCCUGAUGCAGCGGCCGGGGGCUGGCGUGCUGGGGGCCGCGUUUGGCGCCGCGGGCGGCAGCGGCAGCAGCGGCGCUGCGCCCGGGGGCGGCCGCGCGGCGAGCGCGGUGCUCGCGCAGCAGCUGUCUGCGCGGUCGCCGGCGUCCCCGCUGGAGGCCGCGGCGAUUGCCGAGCUCCAGGCAGCAGUAGCGGCCGAGCAGCAACAGCACCAGCGGCGGCAGCAUCGGCAGCACCACCAUCACCAGCAGCAGCACCAGCAGCGGGGCGGGAGCGCCACCUCGGACGGGCCGCCGGCGCUUGGCAGCCCUGUUUCAGGCGAGGGAGGCGCGGGCUGGCACGGCGUGGAGCCGUCGCCCCCCAGCAGCUGCGGCGGGGCCCCCGGCGCGGCGAGCAGCGACGGCGGGGGCGUGGCCGGGCUGGGGGCGUCCGUCCCUGUGGCGCACGUGCGGCCGCGGCUGCUGCAGACCUGCGCCAGCAGGUUCCUCUGCCACGACGCCUUCCAGCUGGUCCCCACAGAAGUUCACGCCACGUACCUGGGAGACUGGCAGUUCAAGGGAACGGGCGUCAUCCGCAUGGGAGCCAUUGCGGCCGUGCGGCUGGCGGGGCGGCCGUUCCCUCCCGGGCAGCCGCAGGGCAAGGGGGCGUGCGUGUCGAUCGGCGACGGCGCGCUGCUGGAGGCGGCCUCUGUCCCCAUGCCCGACCUGGUGUCGCGCCUCCAGUCAGAGCACAUCACCCACGACACCAGCCGGCACAUACUGCUGCUCCCCUACGGAUCCACGUCCACAAAGCUCGGAAGCGCGAGGAGGGAGGAUUCUUUCUCCGGGGGCGCCUCGGCCCAGGCGAGCGCCGCCAACUUGGGCCACAUGCAGCGCCUCGCCAGCCUGCUGCUCGGCCGUCGCGGCACGCCGACGGGCGGCGCGUGGGGCAGCGCGGGCGGCGGCAGCGGCGGCGUCGGCGGCGGCCGCAUCGGAAGCCAUUCGGAUGCGGAGGGCGCGGCGCCGCCGGAGGGCCGCGCGCCAGGCAGCGGCGGCGGCCUGGGCGGCGGCGGCUUGGGGCGGCAGCCGGAAGUGCGGCGGGUCCACUCGGCGGCGCCGCGGCUGUACGCGCCGGGCGGGCCGUUUGGUAUCGGCCGCGGCGGUCCGGCCGGCAUUGAUGCCAUGGCAUCGGCGGGCCACGUUGCUGUGGGGCAGGCGUGA